CACACAGUCUCCUAUUGCGAUUUACGAGUGCGCGCGUCCGUGAUCAUCCAACCAGCCGGCGAGCCAGCACUCCUCCAGCCGAACCACGCCGAGCCGAGCCAAACCGAUCCGAGCGUUUAGCCCUGCCGCCCCACACAGAGGCAGCAGAGGAGGAAGGAUGACCUGGUAGCGCAUCUUUACGCACAAGACCCGCCGUCCGUCCCUUAUAAACCCACACUCUGCCUCUUUACGGUUAUUUUCUCGCCGAGACCAUGGAGACGGCAGUUCACAGGACCAAUAUCUUCACGUGCCAGCUUCUCCUGUUCAGCCAAAUAGUUGUGGCAGCAGAGCCGCUGGUCCGAGGCCUGAGGAAACUCCCAGAAGAUAUCGACUGGUCGUACUCAGGUACCCUGAACCAGCGCAACUGGGGUAAAAAAUACCCGUCCUGUAACAGCGCCAGGCAAUCUCCUCUGGAUGUCGACGAGUUAUUUACCCAAGUCAGACUGCAGUACCAGAAUCUGCAGCUCGAAGGCUGGGACAAACUGACAGCAGAGUCCAGCACUAUCCACAACAAUGGGAAGACUGUGUCCAUCGUUGUGGAAGGGGACUUCUUUGUGAGUGGAGGAGGGCUGAGCUCCAGGUUCCGUGUUGGUAGAAUCGCGUUCCACUGGGGGCGCUGCAACGCGACGUCAGAUGGGUCUGAACACAGCCUGAAUGGGAUGAAAUACCCUCUGGAGAUGCAGAUCUACUGUUACGAUCCAGAUGAUUUCCAAAGUCUGGACGAUGCUAUCCGGGAAGGAGGGAGGAUCGCCGCCUUGGCUGUGCUCUUUGACAUCAGCCUGGAAGACAACGAGGACUUCAGUCGUGUUAUAGAUGCUGUCAACACUGUCAGCAGGUUUGGUAAGAGCGGGUCGAUGGAAGCCUUCACCUUGCGGUCCUUGCUGCCUAAUAACACAGAUAAAUAUUACAUCUACAACGGCUCACUGACCGCACCUCCCUGUUCCGAGACGGUGGAAUGGAUCAUCUUUAAACACACCGUAGCCAUAUCAGAAACACAGUUGGAGGUGUUCUGUGAGGUGAUGACGAUGGAGCAGGCGGGAUACGUGAUGCUGACGGAUUACCUGCAGAACAACUUCAGGGAGCAGCAGCAGCAGUUCAUGGGACAGGUGUAUGCCUCAUACACCGGAGUGGAAGACGUGCUCACACCCACCUGCAGCUCGGAGCCAGAGAACGUCCAGGCUGACGCCCAGAACGACACGACCAUCGUGGUGACGUGGGAGCGUCCCCGCGCGGUUUACGACACAACCAUCGACUGGUACACCGUCACCUACCAGAGGCUGCAGGGCCGAGACCCGAGCAAGCAGGAGUACAGGACAGACGGGGACCAGGAUGUGGGCGCCAUCAUCCCCAGCCUGCUGUCCAACAGCAGCUACGUGGUUCAGGUGGUGGCUGUUUGCACCAACGGACUCAGAGGACGAUGGAGCGACCAGAUUAUUGUGGACAUGCCGUUAGAGGACCCCGUAAGUGAUCCAGAUCCUGACGCUGUCACAAAAGACUUGGAAGGCUACAGGGAGGUCUCAUCUAAAGCCAGAUGGGAGAAACCAGAGACUCAAAAUCAGGUGGAUUUGUCUCCAGAGGACCACAGCCCCGUAGAGGAGAUCCCAGUGGAGCAGACCAGAGUUUACCAAAACCAUCCAACACACCAGCAGAACCAGCCCAACCCAGAAAAUCAGAACCGGUCAACCCCAAAAACUCCCUCCGAGUCUGCCGUUUUACAGAAAACUCGACUCAGCCAGAACGUGAAGAAGAAACAGAGCCGAGGAAAGUCCAAACCCGAUGAUAUGGAUCAGAACUGGAUCGAUGAGGACCGGAUGAGCCUGACAAACAGGCCGUUCACCAACGCAGGUUUUGACGGCAAUGGUGCAAUAUGGGUGACUGAGCUAACUGAGCAGCCGGGCUUCCUGUUCCCAGUGGCUCGUACAACCACCCAGCCGACAAUCCGCCGACAAAUCACAGAGGAGGCCUCGUUGUCAGUGUUGCCACAUCAGUCGAGAGAUCACGGUCCACCAGACAAAGGCAUUGAGAGCGGCCUCUCGUCUCCCCAGUUGGACUUCUACACCCCUCCUGUGGAGGACAUCCAAGUCACAGAUGUUUUCUAUGAAGACACAGUCAACAACUCUCCACUCGAAACCACCAGCUCUGCGGCAACAGUGCCUGCUGCUGCUGCCACUGCUGCUGCUGUGUUGCCAGGUCAAGAAGUGGACGAAGUCUCACCGGCGGCCCCUGGAGACAGCGAUACCCCCACAAAUAAACCUCCACCAGAAACCACAUCAGAUCCCUCCAGCCCCUCCUCCCUCUGGAUCACAGAGAGGACGGUGACCGCCAGCAACACACUCGCUGAGUCAGUCUACAAAUCAUACACCACCUCCUCUCUGCUCAGGGUGCUGAUUCACACAACCCAGCCCAUGUUUAAUGAGGGCAGCAACAGCAGCCACGAGUCUCGGGUGGGUCUGGUCGGAGGCGUUGAGAGAGAGAAGAGGACAGUCAUUCCUCUGGCUGUCGUCUCCACUCUCACCAUCCUCUGUCUGCUGGUACUGGUGGGCAUACUCAUCUACUGGAGAAACUGUUUCCAGGCGGCUAAUUUCUACCCAGAUGACAGCGCCUCACCUAAAGUCAUAUCUGUUCCAUCUACACCCAUGCUGCUGGCUACAGACGGUCACGAGCCGCUGACAGUGAAGCAGUUUGUGAAGCACAUCAUGGAGCUGCACGCCAACAACACCUUCUCCAAGGAGUUUGAGAUUGUCAAAGAAUCCUAUGAGGAGGUGCAGGCGUGCACAGUGGACAUGGGCAUCACUGCCGACAGCUCCAAUCACCCCGACAACAAAAGCAAGAACCGAUACAUCAACAUCCUGGCCUACGACCACAGCAGAGUGAAACUCUCCAACAGUUUGGACCGAGAUGGGAAAUGUGGGGACUACAUCAACGCUAACUUUGUGGACGGUUAUGAGCGAACAAGGGCGUACAUCGCAGCUCAAGGGCCUCUGAGAGCGGGCAGGGAAGACUUCUGGAGGAUGAUCUGGCAGCAGAACGUUGGAGUUAUUGUCAUGAUCACCAACCUCAAGGAGAAAGGACGGACAAAAUGUGACCAGUACUGGCCAGAGGAGAACCAGGAGGAAUAUGGCCCGUACCAGGUGACCCUGAAAAGCAGCAAGACCCUCGCUUACUACACACUGCGGACAUUCACUGUCAGAGAUACCACAAAUAAGGCUUCUCAGAGGAGAGUUGAACACACAGUCCUUCAUUACCACUACACCCAGUGGCCAGACAUGGGCGUCCCAGAAUACACUCUCCCUGUCCUCUCCUUCAUCAGAGCGUCAUCUCGUGCACGGACACAUGAGAUGGGACCCGUGCUGGUACACUGCAGUGCCGGUGUAGGAAGGACGGGGACCUACAUAGUGAUAGACAGCAUGCUGCAGCAGAUCCAGGAUCAGGGCACAGUGAAUGUUCUUGGUUUCCUAAAACAUGUACGCACGCAGAGGAACUUCCUGGUACAGACGGAGGAGCAGUACGUGUUCAUCCAUGAUACUCUGGUGGAGGCCAUCUUGAGCCGUGACACCUCUGUGACCUCUGACCUCCUCCACACUUAUGUGUCCGACCUCUUGACCCCCGGGGCGUCAGGCAGGACGCGCAUGGACAAACAGUUCAAGUUGAUCAGUCAGCGUCAGGCGAAGCACGCGGACUACAGCACUGCCCUGAGAGAUGGCAACGCUGAGAGGAACAGAGCAAGAGCUCUGAUGCCUGUGGAAAGAUCAAGAGUGUGUCUAACCGCUUCGGAAACAAACUCCACAGGAUACAUCAACGCCUCAUACGUCAUGGGACGUCACCACAGUAAAGAGUUCAUCGUGAGCCAGACUCCUCUGAGCAGCACGGUGGCAGAUUUCUGGAGAAUGAUCUGGGAGCACAACACACACACUGUUGUCCGUCUGCCAGACACACACUGUCAGAGUGAAGAGGGGCAGUCAUGUGUUUACUGGCCCAGUAAAGACCAGCCAAUGAGCUUUGAGGGUUUCACUGUGUCGUACUCGGGGGAGGAGCAUAUAUGUCUGUCCAAUGACGAGAGACUUUUGGUGCAGGACUUUACAGUGGAGUCUCCACAGAACACUUAUCUGUUGGAGGUUCGUCAGUACAGCGCCACCUGCUGGCCCAACCCAGACAGUCCAAUCAGGAACAGCUUUGAUCUGGUCAACACAGUCAGAGAGCACAGCAGACAUUCAGACGGGCCCACAGUCAUACAUGACCCGUUGGGAGGUGCUACAUCAGGCCUGUUCUGUGCCCUCACCACCCUGUCCAGUCAGCUGGAGGAGGAGGGAGCAGUCGAUGUCUACCAGGUGGCACGGAUGACCAACCUCAUGAGGCCUGGGGUUUUUAAUGAUGUAGAGCAGUACCAAUAUCUGUACCGGGCUGUGCUGAGUCUGGUGAGCAGCCAGGAAGACCAGAGAGCCCUGCAGAGUCCAGAAACCAACGGAUCUGUACCACUGGGACAGACUAACAUCGCAGAGAGCCUGGAAUCCCUCAUGUAGACACACACACACACACACACACACACACACACACACACACACACACAAACAUGUCAUAUACACAGAAAAUCAUCACAAAAGUAUCAUUUCUGUGUCUGUGAUUCAAAGCUGUGUCCACUGAGCACGCUAACACUUUAAUGUUCAACAGACAUCAUUAUUCAGUAUAUAAACAGAAAAUAUAAUUAUCCAGUACAAGUAAUCUCAGUUUUCUUAUCAAAAUCAGCUCUUUAACAGCAGCUCCAACUGUGUUAUCUGUUAGACAUGACCACACACAGAAGCUUUUUGGCAGGUUCAUGAUGAGCUUUACUCAUACUACAAGAUACCACUGUCUAAUAAUGCCUGUCUUAUGUUUAGUUAACUAAUGACUUUAUCAGUGGUUCAAAAAUAAAUAAACAACAAAUCCUUUAUUAAUGGCGUGUUGUCAUAUAUAACUACAUAAUGGUAGUAAUAAGUAAUAACUGAUGUAUUAAGCAUUAGUCAAUGAUUUCUUAACUAUUUAUAAAGACAUAUAAGAGCGUCUUUAUAGCAGGCUCAUUAUUCGAAAGUGGUACCAAAAAAGCUUCACUGCCUUUCCAACCAGAACCUUCAGACUGCUGCUGAUGUAAGCCUGAGGCAGCAGUGUGUGAGCCAACACUUCUCCUAAAUAAAUAAACAAACAAACAUAAAUGAAAAGAUUCUACCCAAAAUCAUUUUUUAAUACUUCAUUGGAAAUAUUUUUUUGAAAGAGUCAGCUACUUAAUUUUAAUCGUAGACCUUCCUAGUCUUUAACUUUUAAUUGUGUUCUUCAUUUGAUCAUGUAUUGUUAUUUCCUGCCUUCUUCAUGACUCUCAUGUAUUCCAUUAAUGUUCUAAAAACAGAAAAAAAUAAAUAAAAAUUGCAAUUGGCAAAACAGACAGAAUCCUAGUGAAAGUAGAAGAUGACUUCUAUGUUUAAAGAAGGGAAAUGAUGCAGGAAAUGACUUUCUCCUGAACUCUUGUUUUCCUUCAUGAUAUUUUAUGCACUGCUCACUAACCAGCAGAUUUUGGGGCUCAAACUACCACGUUUCCUUAUUUAGCGUAAUGUUUUGAAUAACCAGUACAAUGACUGCUGGUAUUCACUGCUGUUGAUGUCUCUGUUCAUGUCUUGUUGCCACCGGCUUGAUGGUCUCUGGUACCCUGUGCCUUUUGUAAUUCAUGUCGUUGUACUUUAAACCUGUUUUGAUACGACAACUGUGUGACUAAUAUGCCAAAAUAAUGAUCUGUGAUUUUUUUUUUUCUAUUUUCUUAAAGUCUUGUUACGCUCGUUAUUUUCGUAUGUAAAUGUCAGAGUGGAGAGAAAGGAAAUGUCGUCAGGCUCAGAUGUUUUGUAAAAGAUAUAAACUGGAAUUUAACGUGAUAAUCCACACAAAAUCUAUCUUCUGAGAAUCAAACAUGACAGUCCCUGUAAGGCUGGAAACAGUUAACAAUGAUAUUCCUCUGAUAACCACUACGGCAAGAGAAAAAUCAAUAAAUAUAUUCAGCUGGAAGAAUGUCAGUAAAUCCUUCAGCUGGGACAGUUGUAAAACAUUUCGUGCUGAACUCGCUGAUGAGAUUUUUCAUCCUCUGACUUUGGAUCCCUCAAGUCCCUCUGCAUCCCAGUGCCACUUGCUAUGACUGUUUUUCAUUUUGAGGGAGUCCAAAUGUCGUCAGUGAGUCAGACAAGAUCAAUAAAUGAAUCAGUCCCCUCUGAAUCACUUUCAAAAAGCAUUGCAGCUUUUUGAAAAAGCUGCAGUGUUCCUGUUUUGUGUCCACACAGUGUCCACUGUUUAUUCAUCUUAUCUGGGGAUGCAAAAUGGCACUAAUUAUAGAGGCUACUGCAACUGAACCAGACAGUGACUCAAACCAGAUCUAACUGUAAUAUGUCUGAACUUUAUGUGUAAAUAUCCCUGAAUACAUCAAAAGGCCAAAUUACUGUAUGUUUAUAAUGUACCUCUAUAUAUUUUCUAUUUUACUAUAAAAAGUGAUUUUGUAGUCAUUUACACAUAUGUAUAACUGUGUGGAUUCUAUUUGAUAAUUUUAGCCUGGAAAUAUUGAUCAUGUUUAUAGUUUUACUGGAAUGUUAUCUCUUUUUAUCUUUAUGAUUACCGUAGCAGCUUAAUGUCUCUACCUUUAUCUCCAGCCAUAAACUGGUGCAGUAUGUACUGUAUAUAGAAACAGGUUGAAGCAAACAUUGUUUAUGAUUUAAACUUGUUUCUUUUUCUGGGAGGGAAAAAAAUAAAAUGUUCUUGUUUAGACCCAAAUGUAUCCCUUAAUUUGUCAGUCUCCAAAACAUAAGGACACAGGGCAAAUGGAUUUAUCAUGCUUUUAUUUAUACCAUAAUACAUUGUAUUGCAUUGUCUCCCCUGAUCGACCUGUACAUGACAUGAUAGUAAAGACAAACAAAAGUUAAAUAAUCAAUGCACAACCAUGAAGGG